UUUUUUAUUAACUUUUUCUUAAAGUUGUGUUGUGGUGCGAGGUGCGGGUCGCAGUGAAACGAACGAACUCGAGUGUCGCCUUGGUCGCGACGGUAACGCAACGCAAACAGCUCUAGAAACGCAAACCAACUCGAAAAGAAUAGCAAAUUAUUCAAUUUUUCUGAUGAAUUCAGAGGAAAAGAAGAUACAAAAUAUCAAAAUUACCAAUCGCGUGCACGUGUGUGUCCAAUUUGAACCCACAGCUCCUGCUCAACACUGGGCCCAGCAGCAGGAUAACAGCAGGCGCCGCUUGCCAACACACGAGAACCAGCCGUCAGCUGUGCGGCAAUGCCAACAAAAUGAAUAAUAAAGAACAAGCAGCAGGCCGGGGGGAAUUCAAACGCAAUUCAAAUGCCUACGCUAGUCUACCACCCACACCAUCCACAUCCUCCGCGGCAGCAGGUGCAAACACAGGACCCACAGCGGGCAAGCCGCGCAGACAGCAACAGAAACAACAACAGGAGCCCGAGCGUUAUGGACUCUCGCACAGCCUCUCGAGCGAAUCGAUGCGCCAGGCCUGUGACUAUUACGACGAUGAACUGAGCGACGAGGAUCUAAUUGAGAUCCAGCAAACACCACAAGGCUUCCAUCAGCAGAAGCAAAAAUCCAAGCAAAAGCAGCAGCUGCAGCUCCAACCCAUUAGCUUUAAGAUGGACACAAACGAGGACGAUCGAAGUGCCUUUUGCGGCAGCCAGGAGAUGCAGCCGCCACCACUGAGUACGCCCAUCAAGCGAGAUCAGGGCGAGACGAAUGAGGCUGAGCUGUGUGUGCUGAACGAACUGGACGCCAUACUGGACGUGCACGGUGCCUCGCAGCUAAAUGGCAGCUCCACGCGCAACUCCUCCCCCUCGAUGCACAGCGACGAUGACAAGGUGGAGGACUACUUGAUGGAUCUGGACAACUAUCUGGAGGAAAUGGACAAUGCCCUCAGUCGAGAGGACUCGCUGGUCAUCAUCGAUGGCGGCAGUCACUCGAGCCUCAAGCGAGAGCCGCGCACACGCACCCUGCCGCUGAGCAGAAAACGAAAGGCACACAAAAAGUCUGCCCCGAAUGAGGAUGAUGCCAGCUCCAGCGGUGACUUUCUGCGAGAGCAUCAAAUACGCAAGACAUUUAGCUGUUCCCUGAGGCCCAGCACAAGCGAAGCGGCGGCAGCAGCAGCAGCCUGCUCAAGUGCCACCUCCCUGGAUGAGCCAGUCGCAGAUGUGUGGCUGCGCCAGUCCUUGCGACGCGCCAUGGAGCAGCAGCAGGACCAUGAAUCAGAUGAGACCAAAGCCACAGUGGGGGAAGAAGAUGAUUUGCCCACAUUGCUAGUGGAUUUGCCGCACAGGCGGGAGGCGGAUAUGCGUCGUUGCUUCUCGCAAGGGGAUUGCCCGGAGGCGCUGCUCCAGCACCAGGAACCGCAACAGUAUGGCUCGGAGAUGCUCACCGAGGCGCACAUCUUCGAUAAUUUGCUGCAGAACGAACAGCGAACGGCGGCGCGUGCCUCCAGCGAGGAGCGACCCCGGCAAUAUGGUCGCCGCCUGGAGGGACCGCCCACUCCAUCGCGUGGGGGCGCAGCUGCGGGACAGGGCCGCCCGCAGAGCGCACCAACGAGGGUGUAUCUGCCCGAGUCGGAGACGCCAACGCAUCAAAUGAUGACCACCUGCUCGGAACUGAGCUCCGUGCGCUCCUCCCGCAUGCCCAGUCCCCUGUCCCUGGUCUCGGAUAGCAGCAGCAGUUCGGUGAGCACGACCCAUGAUCAGGAGGAUGCGGAUCAGGACCAAGUGGAGCUGCAGGCGCAGAGCACCACCAUGUGUAGUGCCAGCAGCACCACCCCAUUGGAGCCGCUGCAUCUGCCGCUGAGAGAGAAGUGCGGCUUCAACAGCCAGUGGCCACAUGCCGCCAGUCGCACUCUCUCGCUGAUGGCCUGCACCCUCGGAGUGUUCAAUUUGUGCCGCUUUGCCGUGCUCACCAUGAACUAUGGCGGCAACUUUCUGCUUCAGUUCCUGAUGCUCUCCAUCAUCUUUGGCAUCCCGAUGUUCUGGCUGCAGAUGUGCCUCGGGGCCAAGAUCCGUGCUGGGCCCGUGUCCAUGUGGAAGAUCAGUCCGAUCUGCUCCGGCGUGGGCAUUGCUCUGGUGAUGGUUCAGUGCUUUCUGGCCAUCUACUCGACGGUGUCGAUUGCCUGGAUUCUGGUCUAUCUGCGGGAUGUCUUUCCCACAGCCGAGCGCAUCGGCUAUCGCUGGCAGGAGUUGGCCUUUCCCUAUCGCUAUGACACGGCCAAUGCCACUGGGAAUCUCACCCAAACGGUCGCCGAGUACUUUAACAUUGUCGUGCUGCAGCGUCUGCAUCUGGCCAAGCAUCCGGAUGCGAGUGGCGUGCGCUUUCAUGUCAACGAUCGGCAGCUGGCCUUCUACUUGGCUCUCAUCUGGGCGGGCGUCUUCCUCAUACUCUGCAAAGGUCUGAAAUCUCUUGGGAAAUUCGCAUAUCUCAUCAACACGCUGCCCCUGCUGGCUCUCGCGGUGGUCACAGUGAAGUUUCUCCAUGUCGUUGAUCCCACAAAGCUGCAGAACGUCUUUGCUGCCAGCGAUUUCGAUGAGUUUCUCGUGAAUUCCAACAGCUGGACGGCGGCCACACAGGAGACUUUCCUCACCUGGGGCCUGCUGGGUGCCUCGGUCAUAGCCAUAACCAGUCGCACACAUGCCAGUGUCUCGAAGACAACGCUGCGACGCGAUGCCAUUGUGCUGGUGCUGCUCACCCUUCUAGGCUUGGGGCUGAUGGCGCUGCUGGCCCUCUGCUGUGCUCAGAUACUCUGGCAGCAUGGCUACAUCUAUGUGCCGGGAUCCUUCGAGAAUGCCGACAGCUAUACGUCCGUUUACUCGCUGCAGUCGCACACCAAUCCCCAGCUGCUGUCGUAUCCGCGCUCGCUGGUGCCGCACUAUUCCUCGUUCAUUGGGGAAACGUAUCGUCGAAAUCGCACCAUGAUACACAUUGAGAGCGGCUUCCAGGCGCUGCGCUUCAUCACCGAACUCUUUCCGGCCGUUCUAUCGCUGGCCAGUGACAGCAUCUCCUGGGUCUGGGCUGCUGUGGCGUUUGCCCUCUUCGCCUGCUUUGGCUUGGCUCAGUUGUGUGUGAUGUGGAAACCCAUUUCGAGUGCGUUGGGCAACUCGACCAGCUCCGUGCUGCUGAGCUGCGUCACGGGGCUGCUGCUGAGCAUUCCGUUUGCCACCGAGAUGGGCAUUUCGAUACUGUACUACGUGGACUUUCUGCUGGGAGGCUCCUGGUUUAUACCCAUCAUCUGGACAGCUCAGAUAUUUGGAGUGUUUCUCAUACGCGGACGUCCAUACAAUGGCGAUGAUUUGGUCAACGAUCUGCGCAUGUGCGGCUCCAUGUCCGCCUUCCUGGCGCUCUCCUGGAAUGUGCUGCUGCCCAUUGGCCUGAUUACGCUCUCGGUGGUGGACUACAAGGCAUCGCUGUCGAAUCAGUUCUACUAUUGGCGCGGCAAGUCGUACUUUAGCUACUGGCUUCGCAAGACGGGCAGCCUCAUCCAAAUUGGCAUCGUUUUGGUCAUUCCCGUCACGGCCAUCAUUCAGAUUUAUCGCUACUUGACCCACGGACCCCCGGACAUCCUAGAGCGCAUUCAACUGCUGUACCGUCCGCCGGAGGAGGGAGACGAGCCGCGACGCCCUUCGGCACGUCAGACCACAUCCCAGGGGCGUCGCAAUGCGUCCGGGCAGCAGCAAGACAACGGGCAGCUUGACGCCCAGAAUGAUGCCCCGCCCAAGUACACGCCGCCGCCAUCGUACACCACUGCGACUGGCGCUCGCUUGGCCAAGCUGCUGCGCCAGAGCAUUAGACGCAGCGUGCGCAGAGUUCUCGGAGAUUCUUCCAGGCGCACACGACCCGUGCUCAGCAUUGAUGCAGAGUCUGGAUCGCCCGUGGCACCGCCCGACUAUCUGACCAUACUGACCAAUCCAGCGGGAAGCAGCUCCAAUGCGGAGGCUGAACUGUCGCCAGUUGGCAGCAGUAGCAGCAGCAGCGGCGACAGUCCCGAGUCGAUUGAGAUUGGGCAGCGUCCCAGCCACGCUGGCUAUGCACAACGUUCGCAGUCGCUGGGCCGGAAGCUGCAUCGGCCAGGUUCGGAGACGGUGUCCACCUCGGCCAUGGCCACGCUGGAGCGGCGUCCGUACACCGCCGAGGAUGUGGUCACCAUUUUGCGCUCCUCGGUGCGUCAUCGCCAGCCGCCGUUGGUACGUCAGGGCGGGACUGCCAGCACUUUGCCACGUCCGCCUGCAGCGGCCAUGUCCACGCACCUGGAGGAUGCCUCGUUUCGCUCCAUCGAGAAUCUGGUGCUGAAUGCCGAGCCACCCGAUCGGACGCCCGGCGUGGAGGUGCAGGACGAGUGUGCGCAAAAUAAUACAUCUGUGAUUUAAUUGACUAAUUUCGUGUCGUACAGAAGCCAACUCUCUGCUACGAGCCACAUAUCUGCUUGCUUUCUUAGACUUGAUUAGCGCUAGUUAUACAAAUACGAAUAUUACUUGUAGUUAUGCGAAUAAUAAUAAUGAGAAGAAC